CUUCCUGUAGUCAGACUCCUUCCCCAAAAGUGGAGCGAGAGAGGGAGGGAGAGAGAGAGAGGGAGAGAGAGAGAGAGAGAGAGGGGAAAGGGAAGGAAUCUUUCGGUUCCAAAUGCGGCUCUCUGAGGAGCAAGCAAGCAACUCCUCGUCUCUGCUGCAGUGUGUAUGAGUGUGUGUGUGUGUGUGUGUGUGUGUGUGCGCGCGACAGUGUGUGAGUCGAUUCAUUAAUUUGUUUUUGUUCUUUUGGCGUGAAAUACAAAAGUGCGCCCGGGUCACACCAGAGUCAAAUGCACGGUACGGAUGGUACAAGUUCUGACGCCCGGCGCAGACUCGUCCCCUGAUCCCAGCACGCACCGAGCUCGGAGGCACCGCCGCACGCUGCCGCGAGACUCCAGGGGUUCAUGUACUGGAAAAAUGAAGUGCUGUCCCCUCUCUCAGAGGGAAAUCACACUCUGUCCGACGGGAUUCCCACGAAGCAGGUGAUCUCUGCCGAGCACCAGGGUACACCGGGAGCCUCGCGCUGCAGUGUGGAGUCCAAACACGCCCCAAUGUCUCACUCGGACGCGGAGUCCCAGCGGUCCAACAUGGAGCGGGAGGACACCCGCUCGGCCGCGAGCACCCCGUCCACCCCCUCCGUGUGCUCGCCGACCUCCACCGCCAGCUCCGUGCCGUCCACCGGGAAGAACGUGUGCGCCAGCUGCGGCCUGGAGAUCUUGGACAGAUACUUGCUGAAGGUGAACAACCUGAUCUGGCACGUGCGCUGUCUGGAGUGCUCCGUCUGCAGGACGUCGCUGCGUCAGCACGGCAGCUGCUACAUCAAGAACAAGGAGAUCUUCUGCAAAAUGGAUUAUUUCAGUAGGUUCGGUACUAAGUGUGCCCGCUGUGGGCGGCAGAUAUACGCCAGUGACUGGGUGCGUCGCGCAAGGGGGAACGCAUACCACUUGGCGUGUUUCGCGUGCUACUCGUGUAAGAGGCAGCUGUCCACGGGAGAGGAGUUCGGCUUGGUGGAGGACAAGGUCCUGUGUAGGAUCCACUACGACACCAUGGUGGAGAACCUCAAGCGAGCGGCCGAGAGUGGCAACGGCAUCACGUUAGAAGGAGCAGUUCCAACGGACCAAGACAGUCAACCCAAACCGGCCAAAAGGGCACGGACAUCCUUCACUGCAGAACAGCUACAGAUCAUGCAGGCUCAGUUCGCCCAGGACAACAACCCAGACGCCCAGACGCUACAGAAACUAGCCGACAUGACGGGCCUCAGCAGGAGAGUUAUACAGGUGUGGUUUCAAAACUGCAGAGCAAGACACAAAAAGCACACGCCCCAGCACAGUGGGGCUCCGCAAGGUCAUCCCCAGUCCAGAAUACCCUCGUCCCUGCCCGAUGAGCUGCAUUACUCCCCCUUUGGCAGUCCUGAGCGGGCGCGCAUGGUGGCCCUCCAUGGCUACAUUGACAGUCAUCCCUUCUCCAUGCUGACCUCUCAGGGUCUCCCUCACCAGGCCAUGUCGCUGCCCCAGCUUCCCCUCAGCCGCUAGCACUCCACGAUGUGACCCUCGUGACCCCUAACCUCCAGAGCCUAUCCCUCCAUCUUCCACCAGUGACGUCUGCCAGCCUGACCCGGAGGUCAAGCCGGAGUCGGCUUGGAAGAAAGGAAAAUCUUACAAGAGCUUCGCCCACUUGGAAACAGAAAUGGAAGAAUGCUGGAAAACGUCAUUGUGGGUUUUUUUAGUUUUGUUUUUUUUAAUCUCUCUGAGGACAGGAAUAUCUCGCCUGCAGCCAGUCUGACAUAGUGAUCAGCAUUUAUCAUUAGGAGGAACUCAAAGACUAAAGUUUACACCACCAAAAGGACCCGUUUUGCUUCAAGUGUACAGCAUCUUCCACUCUACUCAUCUGCCCUCUGACUUGAAGGUGGAGGCAGUUUUCAAAGGAUAAGACUAAUCGACUGAAGCCUCUUGAGCGCUGUCAGAAUAUUGAAGAAAAACAGAGGGGGGAAAUUUAAAGGGGGAACUGUCAAUGUGGCCCGGGGGCUGGGCAACACACGGCAGGCUACGUUAGAGGUAAGACUCCACCCUCUUUUCUCUCUAAGCAACCAUGAAGGAUACCGAAACGCAAACAAAACAUGUUCACAGUUGAAAUAUUUAAUUUAGGAAUGACAUAGUGGUUUUAUAACGUCUCAGAAAAACUUCGCAGCUACAUUUUUGGUAAGUUUUCCACUGAAAUUAGGUGUAAAAGUAAAAUUUCUGUUAAAGAAUGAAAAAUAUUGUGUGCCUUAUCUUUUUCCAUCAUCAAAAUAAACUGUAAUUGGUUACAGCAGUGAAAUCCUAGCCUGUAAUUCAUCACUUUCAGAUUUGGGUUUUUUAAUUUGAGUGUGGUAGACAAAAUUAGGAGAAUUUAAAUCUUCCAUUGGUACAAAAUCCUAAUUCUAUUUGUAGAAUAUUGACUGCUUGUCAUGAAGGAAAACCACACAGCACAAAGCCUCUGCUUGUGUAUUGUUGAAUUAUGGCUGUAACUGUAGAAUUGGGAGCAAACAGAUUUUAAGCUGCCACAAUCCUGUUACAUUUCUUCAAAAUGUUGCAGAGGCUGAGGGAAAGGCUGAGAUGAGCAUAAAACGUUAAACUACACAGAUCUGAUAUGUUAAAAGUUAAAACAUUUUCAUAUUUCAGGUGUAUUGUCACUAAUUUAUGAUUUCAAAGAUGUUUUUCUAAGCCUCUGUGUGUAUGUGUCUUUCGUACAAAGAGGGAGACGGAGUAUUGGUACAAUAUGGACAGUAUAAAACAGACUGGGGUGUAUAAAGUAAGCUCUGUGUGCGCGUGUGUGUGUGUGUGUGUGUGUGUGUGUGCGUGCGUGUGUGUAUCGGCAGGGGUAGAGAGUGUGCAUCUGUAUUUUAGUGCCAUGGCCAAUGUGUGAAGAACAGGAUCCAACAAGACCUCAAUGUCCUUGUAUUUAUUGAGUUGGUAAAUCCCUGUAAAGCACUUUUUUUCCCCUCUGAAAAUGUUUUGUUUUUGUUACAAAAAAAGAUGAAAUGAAACAAAAAGUUUAUUUGAUAGACUGUGCAUCAUUAAUGUUUUGUGUACUUAAUUGCAAUAAAAUAGAAUGUGAUA